GCGGGUUUCUUCUUCUUCCUCACCCCUGCAGCUCCCAAAAAAGAAGCCCAAGCACUGACUUCCAUUUCUUGAAAAAAUCAGCAAAAGCUUAAAAUUUUCCCUUCUUUUCUCAUUAAAGAGCAAAAUUAGGACUUAGAAAUCUUCCCCCCCCUGCAGAAAAUUUCAGAUCUGCUGUGUUUCUUCCCCUUUGUCUGUCCGCUGUUCUGCUGGGUGUGAAUCCUUCGGGAAUUUCGGUAAGAACCAGCUUCAAGUUCAUCUCUUUAGCUUUAAUUUGGCUUGGGUCACUCUAAUCCCUUUUGUUUCUUGCAAUUUUGUGGUAUUUUUCAUGAUUUCUUCUCCAGUCUCCGUCGGUCUCCAUACCCGCCAACUCCGGUUUUGGCUGCUGGAAAAAUUCUGGAAACGAAGUCAAGGACAAGGAAAAAUGAGGGGACUGACGAGUUAAAAGGCUAGGCAUCUUGUAAAAUGAACAUAGAUUUUAGAUAUAAAUCAUGAUCUUGUAAGCUAGACUUUAUUUGAAGAUUUUAUGAUAUUAGAGCAAAUUUUAAAAUUUUAUCUUCAGAUUUUGUGGUAUCAGAUUGUGGUAUGAUAAAGUUCAGAGCCUUGUGCAUUUGUGGGACUCUCUCACAAGUGUACGGCAUCUAUCGCGCCUCGAAUUUGGGUUUUGAGGCUUGACAUGCAUGAAAGGAGAGGGUCAUUGGGAAAUUUUUUUUUUUUUUGCUUUUUAGAAAAGUAAGCAGGAUGCCUGCAUCCAGAUUCCACAC